UCCGUUGAACACCGGGUGCGAUCGGUACCCUAUCACCUACAGUAUCACGCCUGCUCAUCCUGUUGGUUGAUGCAGCUGGUGCAAAACGAUCUUCUCUUGGCUCAUAAGCUGAUCCCAUUGCAGGACUCCGUCGAUUUUCUCCAGGAGUACGAGGACGAGGCUCCGGCGAAGGCGAGCGUCGAAAUGGAGUUGGGCUGCGAGAAGUCCUUCGACGACUGA